CUUCCAGUUAAAGUGGGCCAACAGAACACUCACACCAAAGUCAGCACGGAGCACAACAAGGAAUGUCUGAUCAACAUCUCCAAGUAUAAGUUCUCACUGGUGAUCAGUGGCCUCACAAACAUACUGAAGAAUGUGAACAACAUGGUGGGUGGGUGUGUGUGUGUGUGUGUGUGUGUGUGUGCAAGCAACAUCAGUUGUAGCCUAUAGAGACAUGUACAGUGUUGCAGAUGUCUCAACCAUGUCUCCCUCUCCUCUCUCUCCCCUAGCGAAUAUUUGGGGAGGCUGCGGAGAAGAACCUGUAUCUCUCUCAGCUCAUCAUCCUGGACACACUGGAGAAGUGCCUUGCUGGGGUGAGGAACUUUUCUUAAGGCUCUCUACAUCUUCUACCCUGUUUUCUUUUUUCUCUUAGACAUUCCCCUUAAUAUAUAUUUUUUAAAUAAUGGAUGCAUGUCGCUUUUAUUUCUCAGUCUCUCUCUCUCUCCCUUCAUCCUUCUUUCCUCCCUAUGUCUCUUUCCUGAUUUGUUUCCCUUUCUCCCUGCAUGCUGUCCUAAGACAGUAUUAUGUUUUUUUUAUCAGUAGAUUUCCAUUGGAUAUCAGCAUAGCACAAUAGGAUGUGGUGGGCUGUCUGUGGUUGAGAUUGUUUGUCUCAGUUGGGCCAGAGGCCUUUGCUCUGGAUCUGGGCCCGUUCCCCUCCCCACACAAAUUAACUGUGUGUUUGAGUCCUGUCUCUCUCUCUCAGGCUCAGGGAACUCUGUUAGUAGCCAAUAUUCCCCUGGUUCCUCUCCCUCCUCUCCUCUCCUCAGUAAAGAUGUGCUCACUGCCCACUUCUGAAGAUUGCUUUUCCAGGUGCAUCCUCAUCUUGACUUCACAUUCGCAGCCUCCAAGUUUCUGGCUCUUUUUAUCACCGGGAGCUAGCGGAUGGAGGACAGCUGUUAGUGGGUUCUUCAAGUCCUCCUUGUUAUUGAAAUCUGAACGCUUUUUAAUAACUAUUUUUGCUUUGUUGAUAGGUUAUUGACACAUAGGGCUGUGACGGUCAUGGAAUUUUGGUUGACGGAUAUUGGUCAGCCAAAUGACCGCGGUCAUCGUUUUAAUAGUUUGAAUAGCAAAAGAUUAGUAUUUUGUUAAAGCACAUUUUCUACACUCCUCCGCUCCUGACUGCAUGUGCUGCUGUGCAGGGAGGAGGGCGCUGCCUAGGCAACCAAAUACUUAUUUUAUACAACACCUUGCUUGUUUCAGCAAGGAGCAACCAAAUUUCAUCACGUUGUAAAGAGUCCAUGUUACCGCGGAAACUAACUCAUACCAGGCCGUCCCGUCUUCAGUCAGCUGUUUGUUGAUUAUAUACUUUUUUACAGUUAUGGCAGUUUUCUUUAAAUGAAGGUAUUCAUUCAUAAUCGUCAGUUACACCAUUUAUACGGAAAUUGUGCCAGCCCUAUAUAUUAGUGUUCUUUUAAAUUAAUUCAAUAUACGGCUUUCCUCUUUCAGUUGCCCAUGUCACUGACAGUCAAUUUAAAAUAAUGACAUAUUAAACCCUUACUAGUAAUUAGAAAAUCCUUAUAUUUUCAAGGAAAUAUUUUACUUAAUGAUCCACCACUACUGUCCCCAAGUAGAACCCUCUGUCCCCAGUCUUCCCACGGUGUGCUGGGGUAAUGACAGAUCCCAGGGGGAAAAAUGCAGAACAAACUCUUAUUUUGGUGGCCUACAUUCUAAUGCCUUGAUUCUAUCCGAAAUACACAGCUAAAUUAUUGACUACUUUAACGACUUUACCUCCUAGAUUGGGAAAAUGAGUUGUGGUAUUAAGUAGAAAUACAUGACUUUACAAUUAAAAUGACUGAAAAUAUAUGAAUUCAGUGUGUUGUAAGUUGUUUUGGAUAUGGUCUAGGCCUAUAUGUUCUAGGGCUGUGACGAUCUGGUCCUUUAAAAACCUGCUGUAUGCAAAAUAUUGUGUGCUAUAGCUUGGAAAAUAAAUAAAUGUGACCAUGGAUGACAACAUAAUGAUUUUUGUUUCCAACAUUGGGGCUGUUUUCCUAAAGAAGUGAAAUCCGCUUCUUGUUUUGUUUCCUUGCCAUGAUACUAACGAGUAUCGCGAUACUGGUAUCGCCCCGGCCCUAAUAAGAUAACCUUAUUUAACAUUAAACCUGUCUUCUCUUGAGAUUAAAUAUAUAAUUGCAGUUUUACUGCAAGAUAUGAAUUGCCACAAUUAUGUUUGUUCUUCAAAAUUAUGUAUUUUAUUGGCUCUGUGACUGUGGACACUAAUUUGGGUGAACUAUCCCUUUAACAGUUUGGCCUGUCAAUCAAUCACUGUGGGUGGGAUUGUCAGGGGAGGGAGCAGGUUGCUUGUGAGUCACAUAGUUGGUAGGGGUUCAAACCUGUCAAUCAAUCACUGUGGGUGGACUUUGAGGGAAGGCAGUAGAUUAGUCAGAAAAACUAGUGUAGUCUACUCUUUCAAUUUAUUGUGGCAAAAACCUAAGAAAAAAGGUUAUGUUCUGUAAAGUAAACAUGGAUUCCUUGUUGAGAAACAAUACAGAAUUGCAGGAUUUUAAAAAAAGCCCACAGAUUGUGCACCCCCAUUUUUAUACAAAGUCAGGGGCCCAUUAUAGACCUACAGGUAUGCUUGAAGAAUGAAGCAGGUUAAACAUGGGCUUUGCUACACAGAAGGCAUCAGCAGUAUUUUGGACCAGAAUGAGGCUCUCUCUCCAAUACUUAUUGUUCCUGCAGUGAGGAUUCAACAUAUUCAACAAAUGUUUUCAUAAUUUAUCUGCAAAUAAUCGCCAAAAAGCAGUAGUAGCCUACCAGUAUGUAGAUUAGGGAGCCAAAUGAACAGCUCUCUCACCAACUCGGUCCCGACGUUCACUUAAAAGAUCUGUUCAAAAAUAGCUGUUUGUUUGCUAACAACCCAUCACUAGGCUACACUGACGAGUCACUUUAGCGGUCACUUGCAAGUCUCGACAUGGACUUAGAAUCCUAGGAAAAUACAAACAAGAUAUUUUGUUGACUUGUCCCGAUGUGAUACCAUGGACAUUUAACUAUGUUGUAUGAUUUAUGAAUAGCAAAGGGAUAUAGGAGAUUGACUUUAUUCAUUCAGUUCGACACCUUUUAUAAAGUAGUCUGCUGUUAAACACUUUUCGGUCGUCAAUUAAAGCACAGUAAAUAGCCUAUGCGCCCUGACUCCUUGGCUGGCUAUAUGAAACACGCAAAAUAAAUUAAAUGAAUGUGCCACAAAACAAUAAUUAAGUGGAUUUCAACUAAUUGUUACCACUUACAUUACAUGGGACAUGUAAAUUCACUCACAGGGACGAUGAAGAAGCAUCAUGCUCUCCCUGCUCCGUGAAAAUACAUUUGACUGCAGCCAACCACAGCGCACAAAAAUAACACGGGUACCGAGAGGCAGGACAGACAGCAGACUGACAAACCAGCAGUUUCCCUGUCAUCACUCACCUUGUGACUGACAGGCGCCUGUUCUUUCAAUAGAUUACUAGAAGAUGUACUGUAUAUCGUUCAUUCUAGCAGGAGAAGGCUAUACAGACUCUUCUGACUAUGGAAUUGAAACGUUUCAAUGAAAAUAAUCCUAGUUCAUUUAUGAAGUGGAAAAUGUAGGCGUUUGAGAAAACACUUAAUAUUUAUGCAGAGCUCUCUCUCUGCUCUUGUGGUGCUCAGCUCGGCUUUGUCCAUGGUGUGUUGUUCAGGGAUGCCAGCCUUGUGACUGGAGCCUGACUGACCAUUCUCCUUGUGGGAUGGUUUUGGGCCUCAUCCCCAGCUAUCAGUGGGUUCUCUCCUCUGGGUUAAGAGGGCAGUGAGGACAUUGAUGAAAGGUUUUCUUCUUGUUGACCUCUAACCUUUCCUUCCUCCUCUCUUCUCCCUUCCCUCCAUCCCUCAGCAACCGAAGGACUGCAUGCGUCUGGACGAGACCAUGCUGGUGAAGCAGCUGCUGCCAGAGAUCUGUCACUUCAUCCACACGUACCGCGAGGGCCACCAGCACGCCGCCGAGCUCCGUAACUCCGCCUCCGGGGUCCUCUUCUCCCUCAGCUGCAACAACUUCAACGCUGUGUUCAGCCGCAUCUCCACCAGGUGACAUUAACCAUAAACACCCCACAACUCUCCCCUCACCCCAACCUGCUCAGAAUGGAAUAUUAACACUACACAACUCUCCCCUCAGCCCAACCUGCUCUGAGCAGGGACAGGCCAAGAUGGAAGGACUAAGGAUGCACAUAGAGGAUGGGUUACUAAAUGUACAGUGCAUUUGGAAAGUAUUAAGACCCCUUGACUUUUUACUCAUUUUGUUACGUUACAGCCUUAUUCCAAAAUGGAUUAAAUUGUUUUUUUCCUUAUCAAUCUACACAAAAUACCCCAUAAUGGUUUUCAGAUUUUUUUUGUAAAAGAAACAACAACAAAAAACUAAAAUAUCACAUUAACAUAAGUAUUCUCAGACCCUUUACUCAGUACUUUGUUGAAGCACCUUUGGCAGCGAUUACAGCCUUAAGUCUUCUUGGGUAUGACGCUACAAGCUUGGUACACCUGUAUUUGGGGAGUUUCUCCCAUUCUUCUCCUCUCAAGCUGUCAGGUUGGAUGGGAGCGUUGCUGCACAGCUAUUUUCAGGUUCAGUUCGGGUCUCUGGCUGGGCCACAUUCAGAGACUUUUCCCGAAGCCACUUCUGCGUUGUCUUGGCUGUGUGCUUAGGGUCGUUGUCCUGUUGGAAGGUGAACCUUCACCCCAGUCUGAGGUCCUGAGCGCUCUGGAGCAGGUUUUCAUCAAGGAUCUCUCUGUACUUUGCUCCGUUCAUCUAUCCCUUGACCCUGACUAUUCUCCCUGUCCCUGCCACUGAAAAACAUCCCCACAGCAUGAUGCUGCCACCACCAUGCUUCACCGUAGGGAUGGUGCCAGGUUUCCUCCAGACGUGACGCUUGGCAUUCAGGCCAAAGAGUUCAAUCUUGGUUACAUCAGACCAGAUAAUCUUGUUUCUCAUGGUCUGAGAGUCCUUUAGGUGCCUUUUGGCAAACUCCAAUCGGGCUGUCAUGUGCCUUUUACUGAGGAGUGGCUUCCGUCUGGCCACUCUGCCAUAAAGGCCUGAUUGGUGGAGUGCUGCAGAGAUGGUUGUCCUUCUGGAAGGUUCUCCCAUCUCCACAGAGGAACUCUGGAGCUCUGUCAGAAUGACCAUCGGGUUCUUGGUCACCUCCCUGACCAAGGCCCUUCUCCCCCGAUUGCUCAGUUUGGCCGGGCAGCCAGCUCUAAGAAGAGUCUUGGUGGUUCCAAACUUCCAAUGCUGCAGAAAUGUUUUGGGACCCUACCCCAGGUCUGUGCCUCAACACAAUCAUGUCUCGGAGCUUUACGGACAAUUCCUUUAACCUCAUGGCUUGGUUUUUGCUCUGACAUGCACUGUCAACUGUGGGACCUUUAUAUAGACAGGUGUGUGCCUUUCCAAAUCAUGUCCAAUCAAUUGAAUUUACAGGUGGACUCUAAUCAAGUUGUAGAAAUGUCUCAAGGAUGAUCAAUGGAAACAUGAUACACCUGAGCUCAAUUUCGAGUCUCAUAGCAAAGGGUCUGAAUACCUAUGUAAAUAAGGUAUUUCUGUUUUGUAUUUAGAAUACAUUUGCUAAAAUUUCUAAAAACCUGUUUUCACUUUGUCAUUAUGGGGUAUUGUGUGUAGAUUGAUGAGAGCGAGGGGGAAGAGAGAAGAUCGAGCUAUCACCCACCUAAGAUAGAUAGAGUAAAUGUAGGGGAGAUGAAUAAAGGGAGUCUCUGUCAGCAGCCUUCAUAAAGAGUGUCUUUGUCUGGGUCUGAUGGAGUAAUGUUCCACCGUGAGCACCAUGCCCAAUAAGGACCUUGGGCCGGAUUCACAAAACACUACUAACGAAAAAACGUAACGUUCAUAAGAUAGUUCGUAAGUGCAGUUCCUCAAAAUGUUCUUAGGAAUUCAUAUGGGUGCGUUCGUAAAUUCACUCUGGCUAUCUACUCCGAUUUCAGAGCACUCUCGAAUUUACGAACGCUCAACACCCAUUGAAUAUGGCCGGUGUCAGUAAACGUAGGCAAAAAAGCAUAAUUAAAUUGUUGCCAGCAGCACAGUUACCAACGCUCUGGAUAACAUGAAAACAGCCUAAUCAGCUCUGCUAGGGUGAGUAAAGUAAAAUGGUUAGAGUGAGGUGUUCUUACAUUUGUGUCUGGAAGUAGCUAGCAAGCUAGCCAACGUUAGCCAGUUAGCUUGGGUACUUGACUGCCGUUGUGAGGUCAGAACGCUCGGAUCAACCCUCGGCCAGAGCGUCCAGUGUGCGCUCUGAACGCUCCGAGAGCGAAACACUCUGAAUUUAUGAACGGGCAAUCUGAUAACGCUCUGAAUUUACGAACGCCCAGAGCACACUCUGAGUGCUAUCUGGCACUCCAGAAUUUAUUUACAAACACACCCUGAGAUUACAGUUCUAAAACAUGUUCUUUGGUUUAAAAUAAUCAAUACUGAAACUUUCAGAUUAAGUUUGUGAGUGAAUUAAAUGUGUUCAAUUGCUUUCAAUUGCUUUUACUCUCACUGCCCUGAGUUUAAGACAAGGGUUUAGCUAUCUUGAAAUGAAGAACAUUUCCAAUAACUUUAUUUUCAAGAAUCUGAUUUCUUCUUAACUUUUUGCUUAAGGAGAAACAUAAGAAAUAGCGUAAAACAUUUCCAAUAACCUUUUUGAGGAAUAGCAACUUUGCUUAAUUUUCGUCUUAAGUCUAUAGUUACGGGGAAAAGGGCAGUUAAGAAGAAAUGUCUUCUUAAGAAGGUUUUGUGAAUCUGGGCACUGGGCCUGAACAAGACGUGCAUGUGGGAGAAAACAUCUGGUUUAACCAUUAACCACUAGGGUUUAUGAAUUAUUUGUGGAAGUUUAGAAAAGCACAGCUUUUGUCUCCCUUCUCCUUGCACUGGUGUACUAUUUGGUUCUGAGGCAGAAGAGAAGAGUGCUGCUCCGCUCGUGUAUCUAUCGUGUCUGUGAGUCGCAGUCUGCACUUGUUAACCCAGCUGUGCUGUGGUCUGAUUGGUCCAUGACUUGCAGGCCUCAGACUGAUGAAGUAGCAGUUUAUUAAAACAUGAGGACUGAGGAUGAGGUUAUGUUAUGUGAUGUUAGGACAGGGAAAGAAUGUUGACCUCAACCACUCCCAAGUGUCACCUUUCGCUCUUCAGAGCUUUUACCUUAAAAGCAUUGCCCUGUCAUCCAAACUAUUUGAUGUCAGUUAGUACCACGCAAAGGCAAAGCACUAUAUGACCCAUCAUUUGCUACUUAACCCUGGUUCUUUGAGGCUUUAGUAGUCUUACUCACCGAACCACCUGAUUUUAAUUAUUCAAUUUCCCAUUGGGUUUGGUUUUCACCAUAGGCUAGUGUAUGUAUGUAUGUAUCUAUGUAUGUAUGUAUGUAUGUAUGUAUGAUGAUGAUUAGUAUAUGUAUGAUGAUACUCUAAUGCUACUUAUCUACAGCUUUGUAGUGAUGAUGUGAUGCUAUUGAGUGUGAAUAUUUGAUGAGAUGAAAAGGAUCAUCUUUAAUAAAUCUUUGCUGUGUUUCCCCUCAGGUUGCAGGAGCUCACCGUGUGUACGGAGGACACAGUGGACGUCCAUGACAUUGAGCUCAUCCAGUACAUUAAUGUGGACUGUGCCAAGCUGAAGAAACUGCUCCAAGGUAUACACCUAUUCUUAUCAGUCACGUUGCUUUAUUUAGGACAACAGACGUCACAUUUUGAUAGAGCUACUUCCUAUUGGUUGUCAUCUCCUUCUGCAGAGACUGUGUUUAAAUUCAAAGCCCUCAAGAAGCCUGCCCAGCUAAGUGUCAUCAACAGUUUAGAGAAGGUGAGUCUCUCACUGUCUCUCUCGCUCUCUGUCUGUCCGUUGGUCUAUGUCUCUCUGUCUCUGUCGCUUUCGCUGUCUGUCUCUGUCUCUGUCUCGCUCUCUGUGUCGCUCUCUCUCUCUGCAAUGUCUGUCUAUAGACUCACUGUCUCCACCUAGUGGUGUCUCUCCUCCUCUCUCCUCUUGUUGCCCUUCUCCUCCUGCUCUACUGUAGUGUCUGUUGAGUUCACGUGGAGCUGCUCAGGCAUCUGGAUACACUUCAGUGCAGUCAGGACACUAGUGUUUACUCUAACUGUCUCUGGCUAACCAGAAGCCCCAGUCAUGAAGCUGAAGUGUGGCUCCACUGAGAGGACGAGUAAACACACUAACUGUUUUAUGAAGUUUUACAUUUAAACAGUUUUUAUCUCUCCUAAUCAGAGCGUGACAUUAGUAUCUGAAUAGUUCAGUUGGCUGAGGAUAGGGAAACAUUCUUGCAAGUUGGUGUGUUGUCAAUAAUCUUCUCUGUGAGUUGAGGAUAAGGACAGUGCUUUCCAGGCAGUUGAUGUAACCCCCUUCUCUCCCCCCUCAGGCCUUCUGGAACUGGGUGGAGAACUACCCUGAUGAGUUCACCAUGCUAUACCAGAGGCCACAGACAGACAUGUCUGGUGAGGAUGCUGUUACAGUUCUAAUGUUACAAUCAGAGAUUCAUCCUAUGUCUGUGUUAUUGACUGUGUUGUUGCUUGGCCGUGUCUCUCCCAGACUGUGCAGAGAAGCUGUUUGACCUGGUGGACAGUUUUGCUGAGAGCGCCAAGAGGAAGGCAGCCGUGUGGCCCCUGCAGAUCAUCCUCCUCAUCCUCUGUCCCAACAUCACACAGGAACUCUCCAGAGAGACCGUGGAGGACACCAAGGUCAACAAGGUCAGACACAACACAGACACCAGUGUUUUAAUCAGCCAUGUCUUCCUCUCCUCUCAUACAGUACUCUUCUGUCUGCCUAACAGAAACUGUUCCUGGAUAACCUGAGGAAGGCUCUGGCUGGCCAUGGGGGCAGUAAACAGCUGACUGAGAGUGCUGCCAUCGCCUGUGUCAAACUCUGCAAGGCCUCCACCUACAUCAACUGGGAGGACCACUCUGUCAUCUUCCUCCUGGUGCAGUCCAUCGUAGUGGACCUCAAGGUGAGCACCAGCCACAGAUGGUCCUCUGAUUAUCACUGUUAUGGGACAGUAUUAUAAUCAUAGUAUACAGUAUUAGUCACCAGUGAUAACCAGUCACAGCUGAUGCUAUCUACCUUGUCUCUCCCUUCUCCUGUCAGGCCCUGCUCUUCAACCCAGCCAAGCCUUUCUCCAGAGGGGCGGGAAGUCAGAACGCAGACGUGGACCUCAUGAUCGACUGCUUUGUCUCCUGUUUCCGCAUCAAUCCACAUAACAACCAUCACUUUAAGGUCUGGGACUCCUGUGGACCUCUGGAGUAUAGUAUUGCAUAGAAAUGUUUAUGUUGAUACACAUUUAUCAUUAACUGAUGUUAAGCACGUACUGGUGUGUUGAAGUAAGGACUGUGUGAUCUCUGUUCAACGUCUCUCUAUUUAUUUGGCUCUCCCACUGUAGGUCUGCCUGGCAUCAUCCUCCCCUCCCACCUUUCACUUUGUCCUGGUCAACUCCCUACACAGAAUCAUCACUAAUGUAAGUGUGUGGUGUCAUUGCCCAACUUCGAGUUAAGGGAUCAAUCAACACACCCAAUACCAAUGUCCAGUGCCACCAUCCAAAGUAUAUAAAACUGACCAAUGCUGUGGGCACACAGUGCACGUCUACAAUGACCAGUGGUAACCUUAUCUGUGGUGACUCGGUGUAUAUGAUGUCACUACUGUAGGAAUGGCUCACAUACUGUAGACACACUGGGCUUUAUUAUACAGGCAUUAGAUGGACUACCAUCUCACUCUGGCUGAGCCAUGCAGGGAGAGGAAGAGCUGCAGACACUUAUGUGGUGUGUGUGUGUUUCAAUGGGAAGUGCCUGAGGGCAGAUUUCAUACAGAGACCCUUUUAUUAGCUCUCCAUGUGCCUGAGAGACUGUGUGUGUCUGUGUGUGUAGGAGAGAUGGAGUGAGAGUAUUACCGGUCUCUCUCUCGCCCCCCUUACCCAAAGCACUUCCUGUCUGUGAGCAGAAGUUAGAGGCUGCUUUUGUUCCUGUGUGUGUCUGUCUGUCUGGGUGGGUGGGUAACAAAUAGAGUAGGAGAGGACAGCUGCCAUCGUUCUUCCCCUCCAGGCAAACUGGAGAAGUCCAUCUCCACCCCAACAAAUCCUACACGGCUGAAGGCCCCGUGUUAUCUGAGAAAGUUUUGAUUUGGAUAACACUGUAAGCACCCACCAUAAUCAACCUAAAGGAUUGAGUUUAACCCUUGGUCCAUUCCUCUGUUGCAGUCUCCAUUGGACUGGUGGCCUAAGAUUGACACUGUGUACUGCUACUCAGGAGAGCUGAGGAUCAUGUUUUCUGAGACACUGGGCCACGUGAUGAGAGGCUGCAGUACACACGCUCCCCUCCGCAUGACUCCGGUAAGACACGCACACAGCAAAACACCCUCGCCGUCUGUGGGCGGACUGACCACACACACAACUCAACACACACUCUUGGAAACAAAAACAUACUCUACAAACCCCAGUAUUGCUGGGAUGAGCUGAGAUGUUAUUGAAUGUCAGACUGCAGUGGCUGUGUAUGGUUUUACAGAGGAGAACAGGAGAUUCACAGCAACCGGAGACAAAUCCUCCUGUCCACUUGCAGGAGAACAUUUCUGAUAACUCUUUCAUAACCCCUCACUUCCCUGUCCUUUUGUAUGACUGCGUGAGUGUAUGGGUGUGUCAUCUCGCUGUCAUCAGUGUGUUUGGUUCAGUCAUCUCGUGGAGGUGGAGGACUGCAGAGGGAGCUCUCUGACAUCACUCACUCUUUUCCUUUUGCUCCGUUCUUUCCUUUUUUCCCCUUCUUCAUUUUGAACUGGCUGCUGCUCACUCACUCAGAUGCCAACCUGUCACAGUCACUGUUUUGCAUUGCAGUGGGCAUCUGUCGCUGUAAGUAUAACUGCCACCCCUUCCACUCCCCAAGCCUCCUCCUCCUGAACCUUCUGCAGCUGACCCCUGACCUCUAACCCCUGACCUCACCCUCAGGCUACCACAGAUAAGAGAGAGUCCCUGUCGUCCUCCACCACCUCCGUGCUCUGGUUGAAGUGAGCCUGCCUCCGAUUCCUCCCUCCACUCCAUCUCAUCUGUCUGCUAGGCUAACUCCUGGGGCAUGCUUCUCAGCCUGUUGAGGCUGGGUCGUCCACUUGCACACUCGCUCAGUCUUUGGAUUGUUAAUCUCCUUUAUUUUAACUUCUAAAUUGAGUAUCUCAAUAUGAUCACAGUGUUGACAUACCUUCAAACUAGGUUCUGUGGAUGGAUACUUCGUUGGGUUCUCAUCACCUGUGAAGGAAUGGGAGGCCUGUAGAUUGUGUUGGUGCAUAGUUGAAUAUUUCCUUCAAACUCCACUAGAGUUGGUUAUUAUUUCCUCAUCCAUUAUCUGUGUGUGUCGUGUCCUGGUGUUGUGUGUUUGUGUGUGGGCCUGACUCCCUCAUGGUGGCCAGCCCAUGAUGGAUUAGGCAUGGCCCCAUGCUCCUGUCUGUUUGUCUGUCAGUCUGGUUGCCCACCUCCUGUUUCAUGGUCUACCCAUGAAGGGCCCUCAUGAAACAGUCUCUCUUUCUCUAUCUUUGACCCCUGAUCCUUUCUCUCCUGGUGGCUCUCCUGAUCCCUGUGCUGUGGGUCUCUGCUCAGAGGGUGGGAACUUGUUUGUCUGAUUGCAGGAGAGAUACUCUGCAUCUGUCUCUCUCUCCGUCUCCUCUAGUUUAUCUUUCCACGUUUUCCUUACCCUCCCUCUUUUUUACUAACGGCAGUCUCUACCGUUUGUUUCCUUCAGAGUCUGACCUUCAAGGAGAAGAUGACCAGUCUGAAGUUCAAGGAGAAGACCACAGACCUGGACACUCGGAGCCUCCUGCUGGCCCUGGUCAAGCUCAUUCACGCUGACCCCAAACUCAUGCUGCAUGUUAGUGUUUACUCUGUUUACUUUAGCUCUCCUGGCCAGAAAGAAUGUGUGUUUUGCUGUUUGAGGAUGGUCUGUGUAACACAGUAGUUAUCCUUUUAAUUCUACAUUUGUUGUGUUGGGUUAAGGGAUCAUCGUGGUUAAUUCCACUUGCAGGGUUAGAUUUAGACAAAUUAGCCAAGUGUUUGGUUGGAGACUGAUUAGAAAGUCUUAAGCUGGUUUGGGAUUUGCAAAGACUUUUCGGCAGACUGGUCCGGAAAAGCCACUCUUGGCAUGUUUGUACAUGGCUGUGUGGUCGUGUACAUGUGUUUGUUUACUUUGUGUGUGUGUGUGUGUGUGUCAGAAUCCGGGUAAGCAGGGUCAGGAGAUCCAGAGCAGUACAGCAGAGCUGAUCACCGGUCUGGUGCAGCUGGUGCCUCUGGCCAACAUGGGAGAGUGUUCACAGGAGGCCAUGGAGGUGAGCCCAAUCUCUCUCUUUUUUCUGUCUCUCUCUCUCUCCCUUUUUCUCCAUUAUGGUUACAUUUGCACACAGUGGUUAAUAGAUACUCCUCCUGUUCUCUUCCUUUUGUAGGCCCUCUUGGUCCUGCAUCAACCUGAGACCAUAGAGCUGUGGAACCCAGAUGCUCCCAUUGAGACCUUCUGGGACAUCAGGUAGCCUAAACGCCCCAUUUAAAAAAAAAACACCUUUGCUUAUGCAUGGUCCUCUACAUUAGAUGCCAGGUGAAAUUGAGUGUUCAUUGAUGCUGAUUGGUUAGCACAAAUGGAGAUCACCCAGUUUGACUGUGAUUGGCUGUUGUUCCCUGCAGUUCCCAGGUCCUCUUCUUCAUCUGUAAGAAGCUGGUUGGCCACCAGAUGAUCAAUAGCACAGAGAUCCUCAAGUGGCUGAGGGAGAUCCUCAUAUGCAGGAACAAGUUCCUCCUCAGGAACAAGGUAGGUUACGGUGUGUUAUGUAGUCCCUGUGUGUCUCAUCCAGGAAGACACAACAUUAUAUCAUGUUCAGAAAUAUUUUUUUGUAUAAUGGAUAUAUACUUCUGUCAUGCAGAGUAAAGAAAAAUGGCAGCUCUAUGCAUGACAUUUACAGUGAGGGGAAAAAAGUAUUUGAUCCCCUGCUGAUUUUGUACGUUUGCCCACUGACAAAGAAAUGAUCAGUCUAUAAUUUUAAUGGUAGGUUUAUUUGAACAGUGAGAGACAGAAUAACAACAAAAAAAUCCAGAAAAACGCAUGUCAAAAAUGUUAUAAAUUGAUUUACAUUUUAAUGAGGGAAAUAAGUAUUUGACCCCCUCUCAAUCAGAAAGAUUACUGGCUCCCAGGUGUCUUUUAUACAGGUAACGAGCUGAGAUUAGGAGCACACUCUUAAAGGGAGUGCUCCUAAUCUCAGUUUGUUACCUGUAUAAAAGACACCUGUCCACAGAAGCAAUCAAUCAAUCAGAUUCCAAACUCUCCACCAUGGCCAAGACCAAAGAGCUCUCCAAGGAUGUCAGGGACAAUAUUGUAGACCUACACAAGGCUGGAAUGGGCUACAAGACCAUCGCCAAGCAGCUUGGUGAGAAGGUGACAACAGUUGGUGCGAUUAUUCGCAAAUGGAAGAAACACAAAAGCACUGUCAAUCUCCCUCGGCCUGGGGCUCCAUGCAACUUUUCACCUUGUGGAGUUGCAAUGAUCAUGAGAACGGUGAGGAAUCAGCCCAGAACUACACGGGAGGAUCUUGUCAAUGAUCUCAAUGCAGCUGGGACCAUAGUCACCAAGAAAACAAUUGGUAACACACUACGUCGUGAAGGACUGAAAUCCUGCAGUGCCCCCAAGGUCCCCCUGCUCAAGAAAGCACAUAUACAGGGCCGUCUGAAGUUUGCCAAUGAACAUCUGAAUGAUUCAGAGGAGAACUGGGUGAAAGUGUUGUGGUCAGAUGAGACCAAAAUCGAGCUCUUUGGCAUCAACUCAACUCGCCGUGUUUGGAGGAGGAGCAAUGUUGCCUAUGACCCCAAGAACACCAUCCCCACCGUCAAACAUAGAGGUGGAAACAUUAUGCUUUGGGGGUGUUUUUCUGCUAAGGGGACAGGACAACUUCACCGCAUCAAAGGGACGAUGGACGGGGCCAUGUACCAACAAAUCUUGGAUGAGAACCUCCUUCCCUCAGCCAGGGCAUUGAAAAUGGGUCGUGAAUGGGUAUUCCAGCAUGACAAUGACCCAAAACACACGGCCAAGGCAACAAAGGAGUGGCUCAAGAAGAAGCACAUUAAGGUCCUGGAGUGGCCAAGCCAGUCUCCAGACCUUAAUCCCAUAGAAAAUCUGUGGAGGGAGCUGAAGGUUCGAGUUGCAAACGUCAGCCUCGAAACCUUAAUGACUUGGAGAAGAUCUGCAAAGAGGAGUGGAACAGAAUCCCUUCUGAGAUGUGUGCAAACCUGGUGGCCAACUACAAGAAAUGUCUGACCUCUGUGAUUGCCAACAAGGGUUUUGCCACCAAGUACUAAGUCAUGUUUUGCAGAGGGGUCAAAUACUUAUUUCCCUCCAUUAAAAUGCAAAUCAAUUUAUAACAUUUUUGACAUGCAUUUUUCUGUAUUUUUUUGUUGUUAUUCUGUCUCUAACUGUUCAAAUAAACCUACCAUUAAAAUUAUAGACUGAUCAUGUCUUUGUCAGUGGGCAAACGUACAAAAUCAGCAGGGGAUCAAAUACUUUUUUCCCUCACUGUAUAUAUACAUUCUGAACACCCUCCUGAAUGUGACCUUCUCUAGAUCUCCAUUGUUCUAACCCCUCUGUCCUAUCUUCCUCCCCCAGGAGCAGGCCAUAGUGGGCAGUGGCAUCCCCAUCUGCAGACAGGCCCAGACCAAGCUGGAGGUGUGUCUCUACAUGUUCCUGUGGAGCCCUGACAUGGAGGCCGUUCUGGUGGCCAUGUCCUGCUUCAGACACCUGUGUGAGGAGGCUGAGGUCCGCUGUGGCAUGGACGAGGUCCCGGUGCAGACCAUCCUGCCCAACUACAACACCUUCAUCGAGUUUGCCUCCGUCAGCAACAUGAUGUCCACAGGUUAGUAGUGAACGCACGCGCUAAUGACCUCCUAAACAUUCUUCAUCUGGGUCAGUUCAAUAAUCAAGAGGGACCUGGGGGAGAAAUGUAAAUUAUGGUGCUGUACCUUAUGGUGUAUAGAGUACCACCUCUAGUGCAGUGGCGGUCUGUGCUGUUUAAGAGGAGGGAGGACGAUUAUUUUAUUUUUAUGAGCAUGUCCUUAUUUCUAUUACAGCAUAUUGGAUGACUGUCAUUUAUAUUCCAUUCACCCAGGUCAAUGUAACAUUGAUAGGUUUAGGCUGCUACAUGAUACUACAAUUUUCCCUAUACCCAUCAUGAGGUUGUUACAACCUAGCCUAUGAAUUAAAGUUUACAAUGUAGGUGCACAGGUCGAGAGAAAAACGUAAGUAAUCAAGGUAAAACACAGUGACACGUUCAAUACCGCCUCGCACAUUCUUGCCUGCAUCUAGCUGAUCUAGGGUGUAAUCAUCCAACAGUUGCAAACAAAAGUUUCUAUUGGACAAAUUCAGGUAUGUUUAUCCCCGUUUUAGUUCCGUUUGCUUCCGUUUAAUAAAUGUUUUUCAACAGAUGGGUGGAAUGAAUACACGCAAACACAGUUUACUUUCAUAGCAGCCACAUACAAACAUAAUGAUCUGCUGCUUUGUAUAGUUCCUUCUCGCAUCUACGCGCUCUCCUCCUCUCACCUUUUCACUUCACUUGUGGACCUCAGUGCACAACACAUCAGCUGUGUGUGACCAGGCAGAAAAACUUUUCCAAGCCAAACCUUCAUAUGGUAACCGCUAGCUGCAGCCUACAUCGUUGCCACCAUAUUAGCUAAGGUCAUAGUCAACAUAGCUACUAGAACUAACACGUUAGUAAACCUGCUACAAUCAUGCAGUACAGUGUACAAGCAGUUUAGCAGUUACACCGGCGGGCCCCGGUGGCAAUAAAUUAAUAAAACCAAAAGCUGACUUGGAAGAGUUCUAGUGUUGGAUAGCCAUAGCCAGCUUGCUAACAUAGCAACCCUCUCUGUUUGAGCCGGAUGUUUGAGUAGGCUAAACUAGCUAGCUAAGUAAGUGAAAGUCAAAAAAAUACAACGAAAUAUAGCUAGCUCUCUCUCUCUCAUGUCUCCUUCAUUUUUGAAGAAAUGUCUUCAAAACUGUUCAACUAUUGUCUUUCUCUUUGAGUCAACUACUCAACACAUUUUAUGCACUGCAGUGCUAGCUUGCUGUAGUACUAGAUUUUAUUCUCUGAUCCUUUGAUUGGUUGGACAACAUGUCAGUUCAGGCUGCAAGAGCUCUGAUAGGUUGGAGGACGACUUACUCUGUAAGUCUAUGGAAGGGGGUGAGAACCAUGAGCCUCCUAGGUUUUGUAUUGAAGUCAAUGUACCCAGAGGAGGACGGAAACUAGCUGCCCUCUGUUUACACCAUGGUGCUACCCUACAGAGUGCUGUUGAGGAUACUGUAGACCCUUAUUGCAAAAUAGUGUGUUUUAAUAAAUUAUUUGGUGAAAUGAAUAUAUUUAGUGUAGUUUUAUCUAAAAAGGAUAACCUUUGUAAUGUUUCACUAUUUUAAUUUGUCUGAAAUUCACUGAGGAGGAUGGUCCUUCCUCUGAGGAGCCUCCACUGCUAUAGAGGGCAGUCCCAGCAUGAGAACUCAGAAGCUCAAAUCAAAUGAUAUUUGUCACAGUGAAAUAAUGUUCCUUUUCCAACAAUGCAGAGUUAAAGAUAAAAUAAAAAGGAAUAAAUACACAGUGAAUAACGGGUCAAAAUAACAUGGCUAUAUACAGGAAGUACCAGUACCGAGUUGAAGUGCAGGGGUACGAGGUAAUUGAAGUAGCUAUGUACAUAUAGGUAGGGGUAAAGUGACCAGGCAACUGGAUAGAUAAUAGACAGUAGCGGUGAGUGUGUGUGCUGGGGCUGUCAGAGAGGUGAAGGCUCCUGUCAUAGUGUGUUUGUGUGUUUUCAGGCCGCUCAGCCCUGCAGAAGAGAGUGAUGGCUCUGUUGAGGAGGAUAGAACACCCUACUGCAGGAAACAAAGAGGUGAAAGAGUGGCCUGCUGCUGUGCUUCUAGUCAUACCCUGAUGGUUCAAUAAUGGAAGGAUGUUUGUGAAGCACGAUAUUCAUAUCAACUCAGCAUUUGUUUUACUAUCUUCCCCACAGGCAUGGGAAGACACGCAUGCAAAAUGGGAGCAGGCAACCAAAUUAAUCCUCACCCAUCCCAAAACUAAGCUAGAGGAUGGCCAGGCAAGCAGACACCCAGUAGCUUGUUGUUAUGCAUUCUAGUUAUGCACAUCAAAAUACACUUCACAAAUUAUUUGGUUGUGGAUUGAUGUUGUCUCUCUGUUGCCUUCUCUCAUUGGUCCUCUCUCUCUGCUUCUGUGUCCAGGAGUGGAUCAACAUGACUGGUUUCCUGUGUGCUCUGGGAGGUGUGUGUCUGCAGCAGCGCAGUGUCCCAGGCCUGGCCACCUACAGCCCCCCCAUGGGGCCUCUCAGUGAGAGGAAGAGCUCCAUGAUCUCCAUGGGCUCCUGUGAGGGGAACACUGAGACGCCCCUGGGCCGCUUCCUGGACCGCCUGCUGUCCCUCAUGGUGUGCAGCCAUGAGAAGGGUGUUCAGAUCCGGACUAAUGUUAAGGACCUGGUGGGCCUGGAGCUCAGCCCAGCUCUCUACCCUAUGCUCUUCAACAAACUCAAGAACAGCAUCAGCCGCUUCUUCGACGCACAGGGGCCGGUGAGAGAACACACACAAACACAUACACACGCACGCUGAGUAAACCUCAUCCGUUAUCUGUUUGUCAUAGUAUAAUCACAUUGGUGUGAGCACUCUUGCUUCUGAAAAGGGUUGUACCUGUAUAUCCAAAGUCACUGAAGGAAUAGAGACGGUUAGAGCCUCUUUGUUAGCCUGUGUGGUAAAAUAUAUUUUUCUCUGUCUGUUUAGGUCCCCAUCAAUGACACUAACACCCAGUUUGUGGAGCAGACCAUUGCCAUCAUGAAGAACCUACUGGACAACCACACUGAGGGCAGCUCAGAGCACCUGGGACAGGCCAGCAUAGAGACCAUGAUGCUCAACCUGGUCAGGUAAAUGCCACCCUUCCUGUCCUCCCCUCUAUGCCGACCCUGGACCAUGAGACUGUUGGUGAGCUGCUGUGAGCCCACUGCCCACUCUCAUCCUCCCCAUGCCCUGUGUUGUGUUGGCAGGUACGUGCGUAUCCUAGGCAACAUAGUGCAUGCCAUUCAGAUCAAGACCAAGCUGUGCCAGCUGGUGGAGGUGAUGAUGGAGAGACGAGACGACCUGUCCUUCUGCCAGGAGAUGAAGUUCAGGUGAGAAUGUCCUCCUGGAGUCUUGACUGUCUGUCAAACAUGUACUGUACUGUCCAGGUUUACUGCAACAUAUCGAGUGAUACGGAGUAAUACAAAGACCAUGCCAUUUAGUUUACAAACUGUAAAUGAAUGUCCAUGCAUCCCUGGCAGGAAUAAGAUGGUGGAGUACCUGACAGACUGGGUGAUGGGCACCUCAAACCAGGCGGCUGAUGAUGACGUCAAGUGUCUUACCAGGUACUGUACUGCUACCACCCCCUGCUUGGAUUGUACCCCCCUCACACAGCUGAUCUGACCAUGACCUCUACCCCUGACCUCUGAUCUCUAACCCCUGACCUAUGCCCUGUACUGUGUGAUCUACAGGGACCUGGACCAGGCCAGUAUGGAGGCGGUGGUGUCCCUGCUAGCUGGCCUGCCCCUCCAGCCUGAGGAGGGAGACGGAGUGGAACUGAUGGAGGCCAAGUCCCAGCUCUUCCUCAAGUACGACAGAUAUCCUCUCCAUUACUAUUGCACUUUAUUACUUAUGAAAUGUACAUCACAGUUAUACAGAAAGCAAAGUCUGGCAUUUCACAUCAUUACUCCCACUAGCUUUGUAGUGAUUGUGUGUGUCCUCGUCCUAGGUACUUCACCCUGUUCAUGAACCUGCUGAAUGACUGCAGUGAGGUGGAGGAUGAUGGGCAGCAGGUGGCAGGGAGGAAGAGGGGCAUGUCUCGACGCCUGGCCUCCCUCCGACACUGCACCGUCCUGGCCAUGUCCAACCUCCUCAACGCUAACGUGGACAGUGGCCUCAUGCACUCCAUCGGUCAGUCUGGAAACCUAACAUAGGAACUUAUCAGGAAUGAGGCUUAGGCUCGCUCUUUGGUUGGCUGCUUCAUGUGUCCCUGUUUAAAGUGCUUAACUGCACAUGCGAAAGAAAAGUAACAGUGUAAGUGGCUUUAAUGGGAUCUCUGUUAAUUACAUCUAAUUCCUCAUUAGUGUAGGGUCGUUAAAACAAUACUUGCCUGUGCACGGUCAAUGUUCUUCCCUCUUGUCCCACUUAGGUAAGAUUUAUAAUACAUUUCUCUCUAUCUCCCCCCCUCUCUCUCUGUGUGUAGGUCUGGGCUACCAUAAGGACCUGCAGACGCGGGCCACCUUCAUGGAGGUGCUGACUAAGAUCCUGCAGCAGGGGACAGAGUUUGACACGCUGGCAGAGACGGUGCUGGCUGACCGUUUCGAGAGGCUGGUGGAGCUGGUCACCAUGAUGGGAGACCAGGGAGAGCUGCCUAUUGCCAUGGCAUUGGCCAACGUAGUGCCCUGCUCCCAGUGGGUAUGUAGCCUAUUCACCACCCCCUGUCCUUUCUGUGUGACCUGACAUCUUGACCCUGGGUGUUAGAUCUGGGGGUGUAAAUGGAAUAACAUUUUAAUCCAAAUGUUUUCAUACUGUUCAUAGGUGUGAAUAUGAAUGAAUGUGUCAGUGUUGUGUUAGUGACUGUGGGUGUCAGAGUGUGAGCUGUGUCAGUAAUGGUGUGAUCUCUGUCAGUGAUUUUCUCCCCUCCUGUCCCCUGUCAGGAUGAGCUGGCGCGGGUGCUGGUGACUCUGUUUGACUCGCGCCACCUCCUGUACCAGUUGCUGUGGAACAUGUUUUCCAAGGAGGUGGAGCUGGCGGACUCCAUGCAGACUCUGUUCCGAGGAAACAGUCUGGCCAGCAAGAUCAUGACCUUCUGCUUUAAGGUACACAACAUGACUGGCUGGGUGCCCAGUCCUGUCCUGAUAAACCAAGGCAUGAAAGUGUGGUUGAGGUCUUUACAACUAUGCAAAAUACCUGCUCUCUGACAAAGGCCAUGACACACUAUGUGGUCUUAGGCUUUCCAGGAAGCAUGGCGCCUGCUUUCUGUGAGUUCUAGUUUAGAUUGUCAGUGUGUUGUUGCGUGUCUGUAUCCACCCCUCCCUCCCUCUGCUGUGUUUCAGGUGUACGGGGCCACGUACCUGCAGAAGCUUCUAGAACCUCUCCUCAGAGGGGUCAUCACCGGCCCAGAGUGGCAGCUCAUCAGCUUCGAGGUGGACCCCACCAGGUACCAUACCCCACAGACACCACACCAACACUAUUUUACUCAUUCACCCACUUUGUUUUCCAGCUGUACUAUUUAAACCAAGGCAGCACUGCUAAUAAAUUAACUGAUCAUCUGCUUGUUUUGAUUUCAGGCCCCUCAGAAAAUUAUAAGAUUUUCAGCAACAUGGAAGAAGUGUUGUAUGCUACCUGACCUGUUGCAUUGUCCCAUGCUCUCUUGCUGUCUCUGGUUUUGACUGACUGGUUCGGUGUCUCCAGCUGUGUCUGUGGUUGUGACUGGUUCUGUGUCUCCGGCUGCAGGCUGGAGCAGAGUGAGAUCCUGGAGGAGAACCAGAGGAACCUGCUGCAGAUCACCAACCGCUUCUUCCUGGCCAUCAUCAACUCCUCCACAGAGUUCCCCCCUCAGCUGCGCAGUGUCUGUCACUGCCUGUUCCAGGUACAUAUUAGACACCUCAACUCCCAACUCUAACCCAGGCUGGAAGCCCCCAUCUGACUGACAGGGUUCCUUUUAUUUGAGGAAUUAUCUUAGCUUUUUCUGCAAUGGCCACCAUUUAUGUUUUCACAAUGUUUUCAAGGUGGUUAUUAUGAACUAGGUACAUUUACGUCACAAGGUAAGCUUUGAUGGCAUAGGAAUCAUUUGCACUUUUGUGCAGGUUCUGUAUAUGAAUGUAGUAGUAUUUGUGCAGUGUGUUUGUGGUGUGUGUGUUUGUCGUGACUUUUUUUGUGCCCAUCUCUGUUCUGUAGGCAACUUGCCACUCUCUACUGAAUAAAGCCACAGUUAAAGAGAAAAAGGAAAGCAAAAAAGCAGUAAGUUCAGAGAACGUUCUCCCUAGCCACUCUCUUGAAAGAAAGGGAAAGUCAUUCACCCUCUUGCUGUUCCAUCACCUAAACUACUUUACAAUCCUCACCUGAAAUCCCACUACUAAUACUUUUACUUCCAAACAAGUUUCUCUCGAUUUCAAUGUACGCUCACCACAAACUGGUGGCACUGUUGUAGCUACAGUAUUCCUAUCCACUGCUCCUCUGGGCUUUUACUGGUGUGGGGUUUUGGGGUUGGUGUUCAAAGGAGUUUGGGGGUCUAUGAUAAGGGGCUUGUUUUGCAGGUCACGGAGCACUUUGGCAAAUAGUUUUGUGGUGCGACUCUGUAUCCUGGGACCGCUCAGCUUUUUGAAAAGCUCUCCUGGAAUUUGGAACUCUUGUGAAGACCUAAGGCUUUCUGUGCAGUUCAUUACCAGCUAUGUUUCGCAGUGCAGAAAGACCUCCACCCCAGGGAUGAUCUGAUGACCACACCCUCAGUUCUUCCUACUGCAUUUACUGUAUCUGAAAUGAACAAUGUGAGCUAGCAGCCUGUUAUCAUGAGUAGUUGUGCCUCCUUCGUAGGUUGAGAUGUCGUAUUGGCAUCAUGGUUAAUAUUGCUAGCGGUCAAUAUCCUGUGUUCAUGGGACUGAUGAGUAAGCUGUAGAGGCCUGGUAAUUGGCUGACCUUUCAAAGCAAUCUACUACUGCAGGCUGUUAAUAACAGCUUGUGUUAUUGCAGCAGUAAUGAAACAAUUAUUUUCAUGAGGCUGCAUUAUCUUACAGUCUAGUAAUUCCACUGCUGCAAUCUCCCUAUUAAAACACACUUGUGUUACAGCUGAUUACAUUUUUGUAUGCAGACAUGCAGAACGUUUGAUCAAUUCAGGAGAUGGAUUUAAUUGAACAUUGCCCGGUGUUUUUUUCAUAAGCAUACAGUAUCAAGUCUACCCUAGUAGUUAGGAGUGGUCUGAGAAUUUCCUCUCCCUAUUAUCAAGAUUUCCAGGCUCCUUGCUUUCCUUUUUUAUCUCUAACUCAGUUUUGAAGUGGGCCUAGUGGUGUGAAUGUGGUUUGGUGGUAAUGUGGACAUCUUAUGUCCUCUAGCCUGCGGAAUACUUUGUCUCCUUCUACACUAUCUUCUCCAACCUAAGCCCUCUCCUCCUCUCCCUCUCUCUAACAAUGAAUCAUCCUCUGUUCUUACUAUCCCUCCUCCAACACCUCACAUUCAGGUGGUCAGCCAGCGUUUCCCCCAGAACAGCAUAGGGGCGGUGGGUAGUGCCAUGUUCCUACGUUUCAUCAACCCUGCCAUAGUGUCGCCCUACGAGGCGGGCAUCCUGGAUAAGAAACCUCCUCCCAGGAUAGAGAGGGGAUUGAAGCUCAUGUCCAAGGUAAGAGGACUGGAUACCCAGGCCACAUAUAUGAAAUGACUUAAUAAUAUGUGACCUAGUUUAGUGAAAGAGAAAGCACUGAUCUAUGUAGGGAGAAAGGUAGGCUUGGGCGAUAUACCGUAUACCGGUGUAUUUCAAAAUACAGAUGGUAUGAUUUUCAAUACGUUUAAAUAUUCUUUUUUUGUGGAGGGGCGUGGGGUGCACCACUGCCUCGCACCACUGCCUUCCACCAAUGCCUUGUGGAAGCUGCAGGGGUGUGUGCUACGCCACUGCUUAUAACUAUAAAUAAAUCUAAGAUAUAUCAAAUCAAUUAUAUCCAGCUCAGGCCUCCAGCUAUGCAUUUGGUUUGCUAACUUGCUUGCUAAGUGGCAAGAUGUCAAGAUUAAGCUUCUUGGUUACAGCAGUGACAUUCAAUCCCCUCCUGGAUCAAGAUCCCUGUUGCCUAAAUUGUUUUGUGCAUCCCCACAUUUUGUAUAAAUACAUUUACAUUUUAGUCAUUUAGCAGACGCUCUUAUCCAGAGCGACUUACAGUUAGUGAAUACAUAUAUUUUUUUAAAAUAUUUUUUAUACUGGUCCCCCGUGGGAAUCGAACCCACAACCCUGGCGUUGCAAACGCCAUGCUCUAUCAACUGAGCUACAUCCCUGCCGGCCAUUCCCUCCCCUACCCUGGACAACGCUGGGCCAAUUGUGCGCUGCCCAUGAGUCUCCCGGUCGCGGCCGGCUGCGACAGAGCCUGGAUUCGAACCAGGAUCUCUAGUGGCACAGCUAGCACUGCAAUACAGUGCCUUAGACCACUGCGCCACUCAGGAGACUAUACACUGAACAAAAAUAUAAAUGCAACAUUUUACUGAGUUAGUUCAUAUAAGGAAAUCAGUCAAUUUAGAUACAUUCAUUAGGCCCUAAUCUAUGGAUUAAACAUGAAUGGGAAUACAGAUAUGCAUCUGUUGGUCACAGAUACCUUAACAAAAAGGUAGGGGCGAAAACCAGUCAGUAUCUGGUGUGAACAUCAUGCGGCGUGACACAUCUCCUUCGCAUAGAGUUGAUCAGGCUGUUGAUUGUGUCUUGUGGAAUGUUGUCCCACUCCUCUUCAAUAGCUGUGCGAAGUUGCUGGAUAUCAAAUCAAAUUUGUCACAUGCGCCGAAUACAACAGGUGUGGACCUUACCGUGAAAUGUUUACCUUCAAGCCAUUAACCAACAAUGCAGUUUUAAGAAAAUAUGUACUAAAUAAUCUAAAGUACAAAAUAAAAAAUAUAAAAAAGUAACACAAUAAAAUGACAAUAAUGAGGCUAUAUACAGGGGGUACCGGUACCGAGUCAAUGUGCGGGGGUACAGGUUAGUCGAGGUAAUUUGUACAUGUAGGUAGGGGUAAAAUGACUGCAUAGAUAAUAAACAGCGAGUAGCAGCAGUGUAAAAACAAAGGGGACUGGAACACGCUGUCGAUCCAGAGCAUCCCAAACAUGCUCAAUGGGUGACAUGUCUUGAGUAUGCAGGCUGUGGAAGAACUGGGACAUUUUCAACUUCCAGGAAUUGUGGACAGAUCCUUGUGACAUGGCGACUUGCAUUAUCAUGCUGAAACAUGAGGUGAUGGUGGCGGAUGAAUGGCACGACAAUGGGCCUCAAGAUCUCAUCACAUUAUCUCUGUGCAUUCAAAAUGCCAUCGAUAAAAUGCAAUUGUGUUUGUUGUCUGUAGCUUAUGCCUGCCCAUACCAUAACACCACCACCCACCAUGGGGCACUCUGUUGACAUCAGCAAACCGUUCGCCCACACGACGCCAUACCUGCCUUCUGCCUGGUACAGUUGGAACCGGGAUUCAUCCGUGAAGAGCAAACUUCUCCAGCGUGCCAGUGGCCAUCGAAGGUGAGCAUUUGCCUACUGAAGUUGGUUACGACGUCGAACUACAGUCGGGUCAAGACCCUUGUGAGGACGACAAGCAUGCAGAUCAGCUUCCCUGAGACGGUUCCUGACAGUUUGUACAGAAAUUCUUCAGUUGUGUAAAUCCACAAUUUCAUCAGCUGUCCGGGUGGCUGCUCUCAGACCAUCCCGCAGGUGAAGAUGCCGGAUGUGGAGGUCCUGGGCUGGCGUGGUUACAUGUGGUCUGUGGUUGUGAGGCCGGUUAGACGUACUGCCAAAUUCUCUAAAAUGAAGUUGGAGGCGGUUUAUGGUAGAGGAAUUAACAUUAAAUUCUCUGGCAACAGCUCUGGUGGACAUUUCUGUAGUCAGCAUGCCAAUUGCACGCUCCUUUGAAACUUGAGACAUCUGUGGCAUUGUGUUGUGUGACAAAACUGCACAUUUUAGAGUGGCCUUUUAUUGUCCCCAGCACAAGGUGCACCUGUGUAAUGAUCAUGCUGUUUAAUCAGCUUCUUGAUAUGCCACACCUGUCAGGUGGAUGGAUUAUCUUGGUAAACGAGAAAUGCUCACUAACAGGGAUGUAAACAAAUUUGUGCACAACAUUUUAGAGAAAUAAGCUUUUCUUGCGUACGGAACAUUUCUGGGAUCUUUUAUUUCAGCUCAUGAAACAUGGGGACCAACACUUUUACAUGUUGCGUUUAUAUUUUUGUUUAGUAUGUAUGUAUGUACACUACUGAUCAAAAGUUUUAGAACACCUACUCAUUCAAGUGUUUUUCUUUAUUUUAUCCACCCUUUGCCUUGAUGACAGCUUUGCACACUCUUGGCAUUCUCUCAACCAGCUUCACCUGGAAUGCUUUUCCAACAGUCUUGAAGGAGUUCCCACAUAUGCUGAGCACUUGUUGGCUGCUUUUCCUUCACUCUGUGGUCCGACUCAUCCCAAACCAUCUCAAUUUGGUUGAGGUCGGGGGAUUGUGGAGGCCAGGUCAUCUGAUGCAGCACUCCAUCAUUCUCCUUCUUGGUCAAAUAGCCCUUACACAGCCUGGAGAUGUGUUGGGUCAUUGUCCUGUUGAAAAACAAAUGAUAGUCCCACUAAGCCCAAACCAGAUGGGAUGGCAUAUUGCUGCAGAAUGCUAUGGUAGCCAUGCUGGUUAAGUGUGCCUUGAAUUCUAAAUAAAUCAUAGACAGUGUCUCUAGCAAAGCACCCCCACACCAUAACACCACCUCCUCCAUGCUUUACGGUGGGAAAUCCACAUGCGGAGAUCAUCCGUUCACCCACACCGCGUCUUACAAAGACACAGCGGUUGGAACCAAAAAUCUCAGAUUUUGACUCCAGACCAAGGACAUAUUUCCACCGGUCUAAUGUCCAUUGCUCAUGUUUCUUGGCCCAAGAAAAUCUCUUAUUUUUAUUGGUGUCCUUUAGUAGUGGUUUCUUUGCAGCAAUUCGACCAUGAAGGCUUGAUUCAUGCAUUCUCUGAACAGUUAAUGUUGAGAUGUGUCUGUUACUUGAACUCUGUGAAGCAUUUAUUUGGGCUGCAAUUUCUGAGGCUGGUAACUCUAAUGAACUUAUCCUCUGCAGCAGAGGUAAAUCUGGGUGUUCCAUUCCUGUGGCGGUCCUCAUGAGAGCCAGUUUAAUCAUAGCGCUUGAUGGUUUUUGCGACUGCACUUUAAGAAACUUUCAAAGUUCUUGAAAUUGUUCUUAUUGACUGACCUUCAUGUCUUAAAGUAAUGAUGGACUGUUGUUUCUCUUUGCUUAUUUCAGCUGUUCUUGCCAUAAUAUGGACUUGGUCUUUUACCAAAUAGAGCUAUCUUCUGUAGACCCGCCUACAUUGUCACAACACAACCGAUUGGCUCAAACACAUUAAGAAGGAAAGAAAUUCCACAAAUUAACUUUUUAAGAAGGCACACCUGUUAAUUGAAAUGCAUUCCAGGUGACUACCUCAUGAAGCUGGUUUAGAGAAUGCCAAGAGUGUGCAAAGCUGUCAUCAAGGCAAAGGGUGGCUAUUUGAAGAAUCUCAAAUAUAAAAUAUAUUUUGAUUUGUUAAACACUUUUUUGGUUACUACAUGAUUCCACAUGUGUUAUUUCAUAGUUUUGAUGUCUUCACUAUUAUUCUACAAUGUAGAAAAUAGUAAAUAAAUAAAUAAACUUGAAUGAGUAGGUGUUCUAAAACGUUUGAUCGGUGAUGUAUGGAUUUAUGUGUGUAUUUAUUUAUUUUAUUUAUUUAUAUAUAUACUACCGUUCAAAAGUUUGGGGUCGCUUAGAAAUAUCCUUGUUUUCCAUGAAAACAUACAUGAAAUGAGCUUGAAUAGGAAAUAUAGCAAAAUGCAUAGGAAAUGUAGUCAUUGACAAGGUUAGAAAUAAUGAUUUUUAAUAUAAAUAAUAAUUGUGUCUUUCAAACUUUGCUUUCGUCAAAUAAUCCUCCAUUUGCAGCAAUUACAGCCUUGCAGAUCUUUGCAUUCUAGUUGUCAAUUUGUUGAGGUAAUCUGAAGAUAUUUCACCCCAUGCUUCCUGAAGCACCUCCCACAAGUUGGAUUGGCUUGAUGGGCACUUCUUACGUACCAUACGGUCAAGCUGCUCCCACAACAGCUCAAUAGGGUUGAGAUCCGGUGACUGUGCUUGCCACUCCAUUAUAGACAGAAUACCAGCUGACUGCUUCUUCCCUAAAUAGUUAUUGCAUAGUUUGGAGCUGUGCUUUGGGUCAGACCAUCACAUUGCCUCCACCAUGCUUGACAGAUGGCAUCAAGCACUCCUCCAGCAUCUUUUCAUUUGGUCUGCGUCUCACAAAUGUUCUUCUUUGUGAUCCGAACACCUCAAACUUCGAUUUGUCUGUCCAUAACACUUUUUUCCAAUCUUCCUCUGUCUAGUGUGUGUGUUCUUUUGCCCAUCUUAUUCUUUUCUUUUUAUUGGCCAGUCUGAGAUAUGGCUUUUUCUUUGCAACUCUGCCUAGAAGGUCAGCAUCCCGGAGUCGCCUCUUCACUGUUGACGUUGAGACUGGUGUUUUGCGGGUACUAUUUAAUGAAGCUGCCAGUUGAGGACCUGUGAGGCGUCUGUUUCUCAAACUAGACACUCCAAUGUAUUUGUCCUUUUGCUCAGUUGUGCACCGGGGCCUCCCACUCCUCAUUCUAUUCUGGUUAGAGCCAGUUUGCGCUGUUCUGUGAAGGGAGUAGUACAAAGCGUUGUACGAUAUCUUCAGUUUCUUGGCAAUUUCGCACUUGGAAUAGCCAUUUCUCAGAACAAGAAUAGACUGACGAGUUUCCGAAGAAAGUUAUUUGUUUCUGGCCAUUUUGAGCCUGUAAUCGAACCCACAAUUGCUGAUGCUCCAGAAACUCAACUAUUCUCAAGAAGGCCAGUUUUAUUGCUUCUUUAAUCAGCACAACAGUUUUCAGCUGUGCUAACAUAAUUGAAAAAGGUUUUUCUAAUGAUCAAUUAGCCUUUUUAAAAUGAUUAACUUGGAUUAGCAAACACAACGUGCCAUUGGAACACAGGACUGAUGGUUGCUGAUAAUGGGCCUCUGUACGCCUAUGUAGAUAUUCCAUUAAAAAUCAGCCGUUUCCAUCUACAAUAGCCAUUUAUAACAUUAACAAUGUCUACACUGUAUUUUUGAUCAAUUUUAUGUUAUUUUAAUGGACAAAAAAACUUUUGAACGGUAGUGUAUGUAUAUAUGUACAGUUGAAGUCUGAAGUUUACAUGCACUUAGGUUGGAGUCAUUAAAACUUGUUUUUCAACCACCACAAAUUUCUUGUUAACAAACUAUAGUUUUGGCAUGUCGGUUAGGACAUAUACUUUGUGCAUGACACAAGUAAUUUUUCCAAGAAUUGUUUACAUACAGUGAAUUAUAAGUGAAAUAAUCUGUAUCACAAUUCCAGUGGAUCAGAAUUUUACAUACACUAAGUUGACUGGGCCUUUAAACAGCUUGGAAAAUUCCAGAAAAUGAUGUCAUGGCUUUAGAAGCUUCUGAUAGGCUAAUUGACAUCAUUUGAGUCAAUUGGAGGUGUACCUGUGGAUGUAUUUCAAGGCCUACCUUCAAACUCAGUGCCUCUUUGCUUGACAUCAUGGGGAAAUGAAAAGAAAUCAGCCAAGACCUCAGAAAACAUUUUUGUAGACCUCCACAAGUCUGGUUCAUCCUUGGGAGCAAUUUCCAAUCGCCUGAAGGUACCACGUUCAUCUGUACAAACAAUAGUACGCAAGUAUAAACACCAUGGGACCACGCAGCUGUCAUACCGCUCAGGAAGGAGACGCGUUCUGUCUCCUAGAGAUGAACUUACUUUGGUGCGAAAAAUGCAAAUCAAUCCCAGAACAACAGCAAAGGACCUUGUGAAGAUGCUGUAGGAAACAGGUACAAUAGUAUCUAUAUCCACAGUAAAACGAGUCCUAUAUCAACAUAACCUGAAAUGCCGUUUAGCAUGGAAGAAGCUACUUCUCCAAAACCGCCAUAAAAAAGACAGACUAUGGUUUGCAACUGCACAUGGGGACAAAGAUUGUACUUUUUGGAGAAAUGUCGUCUGGUCUGAUGAAACACAAAUAGAACUGUUUGGCCAUAAUGACCAUCGUUAUGUUUGAAGGAAAAAGGGGAAUGCUUGCAAGCCGAAGAACACCAUCCCAACCGUGAAGCACGGGGGUGGCAGCGUCAUGCUGUGGGGGUGCUUUGCUGCAGGAGGGACUGGUGCACUUCACAAAAUAGAUGACAUCAUGAGGAAGGAAAAUUAUGUGGAUAUAUUGAAGCAACAUCUCAAGACAUCAGUCAGGAAGUUAAAGCUUGGUCGCAAAUGGUUCUUCCAAAUGGACAAUGACCCCAAGCAUACUUCCAAAGUUGUGGCAAAAUGGCUUAAGGACAACAAAGUCAAGGUAUUGGAGUGGCCAUCACAAAGCCCUGACCUCAAUCCUAUAGAAAAUUUGUAGGCAGAACUGAAAAGGCGUGUGCGAGCAAGGAGGCCUACAAACCUGACACAGUUACACCAGCUCUGUCAGGAGGAAUGGGCCAAAAUUCACCCAACUUAUUGUGGGAAUCUUGUGGAAGGCUACCCGAAACGUUUGACCCAAGUUAAACAAUUUAAAGGCAAUGCUACCAAAUACUAAUUGAGUUUAUGUAAACUUCUGAACCACUGGGAACGUGAUGAAAGAAAUAAAAGCUGAAAUAAAUCAUUCUCUCUGCUAUUAUUCUGACAUUUCACAUUCUUAAAAUAAAGUGGUGAUCCUAACUGACCUAAGACAAGGAAUUUUUACUAGGAUUAAAUGUCAGGAAUUGUGAAAACUGAGUUUAAAUGUAUUUGGCUAAGGUGUAUGUAAACUUCCGACUUCAACUGUAUGUAUGUAGGUAUGUGUUUUUUUCUUGUUGUUGAAAUAGCGGCACCUUGUGUGCACAUUCGGUAAGACCGUAUACCCCGGUAUGGUACAGAAACGAUAUGACUCUAUGCAAAUCUGAAUACCGCCCAACCCUAGAGAAAGGCAGGAUCCAUGAUUGGUUGAGAUAAUGGAGGGGGGUAAUGGAGAAACUUAAUCUGGAGGACAAUGCCAUGGUAACUCAUGCGUUUACAAAGAAAAUCUAUCAUUCAAUUGCAUUUUACUCCUACCUGUCUCCAUUUUUUAUUUUAUUUUGUAUUUUAUUUUUUUACACUUUUAUAAAAUGUUAAAAAGCCGGUCUUGAAAAUUUGAUAAGCUCACCUUCCUGAAUUCAGUCACAUGGUAUAUUGUAUUUGAGGAUCUUGCCUUGUUGUUGACAUGUUUUUAUUUGUCUCUUCCAGAUCCUGCAGAGCAUUGCCAACCAUGUUUUAUUCACCAAAGAGGAGCACAUGAGGCCUUUUAAUGACUUUGUCAAAAGCAACUUUGAUGCAGCUAGAAGGUAUGAUAACAGAAGGAUCUUCCCUCUCUGAGGAUACAUUUAAAUGUCUUGGAUGUUUUUACUGGAUACUCAUUACCCUAUCAGGCCUAGCAGAAUUUUGUUCCUUUGUGGUGUAGGUUUUUCCUGGACAUUGCAUCAGACUGCCCUGCCAGUGACUCAGUCAACCACAGCCUGUCCUUCAUUAGUGAUGGCAACGUUCUGGCCCUGCACCGGCUGCUGUGGAACAACCAGGAGAAGAUAGGACAGUACCUCUCCAGCAACAGGUGAGUGGGCUGAACGGUCCAAACAGAGUUGGUCUGUUGUAUUGCUGGGAGGACUUUUAUAAGAGAUAUAUCUGUUUCUAUAUAAGAUGUUUUACAUUACCCAGAUCUUUAGGAUAAACAAAAGCCCACAUUUGUUUACACCAAUCACCAAGCCCAGCUCACAGGAGGCGUUGUUUGAAACUGUAGUGCACCUCUGUACCUGCUGCGUGUGGGAGAUGUCGUGCUGACCACUUCCUUGUUCUUCAUCAGGGAUCACAAGGCAGUGGGGAGACGGCCGUUUGACAAGAUGGCUACCCUCCUGGCCUACCUGGGGCCCCCAGAGCACAAACCUGUGGCUGACACCCACUGGUCCAGCCUCAACCUCACCAGCUCCAAGUUUGAAGAAUUUAUGACCAGGUACACUCAUCAAGAUACUAUUAAUCACAUAGAUCUCACUGUCACAAGGCGGUCUCAUAAAACUGGGUAUGAUAGCAUCUGAGACAGUGGUUGUUUAAGUAGUACUCGGAAAGUAUCUCCCUAUCUUGUAUUUGCUACCUCAGACACCAGGUACAUGAGAAAGAGGAGUUCAAAGCCCUGAAGACCCUCAACAUCUUCUACCAGGCUGGCACCUCCAAGAACGGCAACCCUGUCUUCUACUACAUCACACGCAGGUGAGGUCUGCAGACUGUCACAUUGCAACAGAGAGAGUCACAAAACAUUGUAUUCACUUCAUCAUGAUUCAUUUAAUCAGAAACAUUGACGCUAGAAACAUUUUAAAACGAGGCAGAAAGGAGUUGGAGCACUCAACAAAAACGGCAUAGAUUGAUUUAUUUUAGCUCACUUUAAUCCAUUGUACAGGUGAGAACCGGUGACUGAUGUUUCAAUGUCAAUCUGACGUCUUUCUCAGUGACUUGACCGCUGCACUUAGCGCCUAUUUAUAGCCUAGUGGCCUAUUUAGACACAACAAUGUAAGAAAAUAAUGUUUCAAGGUAAAUGGCAAAUUAUAGCACAAAAUAAUACCAGUAAUAAGAGAUCAUGUUUGGUUAAUCAAUAGCAAAAGCUGAAGAAAAUACGCACAUCCAGGUACUUUCCCAGGUGCUGGAGUUGUAGACAAACUCCUCACACUGCUUCUCAUGCUCCCAGUUGAUUUUAUAUAUAACAAUGUUUCGACCCUUAGGUCUUCAUCAAACAUCUAUAUCCCAGGUGGAGGUGGAAGGUCCUAUAUAUAGGGGCAGUACUCAGUGACAUCACCUCCUGAAACAGGAGGUAAAAAAUAUAUAACUUAGGUUCACAAUAUUGAACAUUUAAUGUAUCAAAAUAUAUGAUCAUACACAAGGAAUGUGAUCAAUAUUUACAAUAAUAUAUAUACAGUGCCUUCGGAAAGUAUUCAGACCCCUUGACUUUUCCACGUUAUUACGUUACAGCCUUAUUCUAAAAUGGAUUUUAAAAAUACAAAUCCUCAGCAAUCUACACACAAUACCCCAUAAUGACAAAGUGAAAACAGGUUUUUAGAAAUGUAUUACAAAUAAAAAACAGAUACCUUCUUUACUUAAGUAUUCAGACCCUAUGCUAUGAGACUCGAAAUUGAGCUCAGGUGCAUCCUGUUUCCAUUGAUCAUCUUUAAUGUUUCUAUAACUUGAUUGGAGUCGACCUGUGGUAAAUUCAAUUGAUUGGACAUGAUUUGGAAAGGCACACACCUGUCUAUAUAAGGUCCCACAGUUGACAAUGCAUGUCAGAGCAAAGACCAAGCCAUGAGGUCGAAGGAAUUGUCCAUAGAGCUCCGAGACUGGAUUGUGUCAAGGCACAGAUCGGGGAAAGGGUACCAAAAAAUGUCUGAAGCGUUGAAGGUCCCCAAGUACACCAUGGUCUCCAUCAUUCUUAAAUGGAAAAAGUUUGGCACCACCAAGACUCUUCCUAGAGCUGGCCGCCCAGCCAAACUGAGCAAUCGGGGAGAAGGGCCUUGAUCAGGGAGGUGACCAAGAACCCGAUGGUCAUUCUGACAGAGCUCCAGAGUUCCUCUGUGGAGAUGGGCGAUCCUUCCAGAAGGACAACCAUCUCUGCAACACUCCACCAAUCAGGCCUUUAUGGUUGAGUGGCCAGACGGAAGCCACUCCUCAGUAAAAGGCACAUGACAGCCGUAUCGAUUGUUCCACAGUGCGGUGAUGAGAGUAGCGUAAUACGAUGGUUUGAGCAGAGUAACAGGAUGAUCUCUUAUAGCGUCUCAAAUCACAUCCCUCUCUUAACAAAAAUACUUUAAUCAUUUUUCAUAUUACAUGCACAAAGCAUAGUAAGGAAACAUCAUAUAUGUAGUGGGUAUACUUUCCAAGUUACAGUAUUUCCAUUUUUAAUGACAUCACAAAAUAACAAACAAAAUGACAUUAGUGUUCUAUAGAUCGCCUCUGACCAUUCCCCACAUUCUACGUUAGAAAUAUUGUUUCAGCAGGAAAACGUAUGUUGAAACAAAGAGCUGGGCUCCCGAGUGGGGCAGCGGUCUAAGCCACUGCAUCUCAGUGCUUGAGGCGUCACUACAGACCCCCUGGUUAAAUUCCAGGCUGUAUCACAACCGGCCGUGAUUGGGAGUCCCAUAGGGCGGCGCACAAUUGGCCCAGCGUCGUCCGGGUUUGGCAGGUGUAGGCUGUCAUUGUAAAUAAGAAUUUGUUCUUAACUGACUUGCCUAGUUAAAUAAAGGUAAAAUAAAUUAAAAUACAAAUAAAAAAAGAACAUUCCUUUGGUGAAUCUUGAGAGGGAGAGCCUGGAUCUUCUCCCUUGAUUUACAACCGGAUGUGAGUUGUUCAUCCCCACUAGUGCUUUCCUUCCCCCAGGAGCGAAUGCAGCGCCCAUCGCUGUACUCCGAAUCUGUUGGUAGAAACUGCCCACAUAUUGGAAGUAAUUUGAUGUGAGGGCUUUUUCAGUGAGAGACAGAAUAAAGUUAGACGGAGGUAAGAUAUCCUCCGAUCUAGUGUCGACAUGGUGAGCGAGCGCUCGUAGGCCUGCAUCAUGCAGGAUAUUAGUGUAGAGAGACUGAAAGCCAAGUAUAACCAAGAUGCUUUCGGUGUCGCAUCUAUAGUUAUUGAUUAUCAUAAGCACAUCCCUGGUAUCUCCUAAAAAGGCUGGCAAUGCUGGCACAAAUUUAGAGAUUAAGAAAUCAACAUACUGAGAAAGGGGUUCAAUAGGGCUACUGUUACCUGACACUAUGGGACGGAAAGGGUUUUCCCAACUUUUUGUAUUUUCGGUAUGCCAUAAUAGACUGGAAUGGCUGUGUGUGGCGAUUGAGAAAGUCCUUUUCUGUUAUCUAACCCUGUGAAAAAGCGUCAUCAAUGAAGCUAUCUACAGAGAGGGACAUAGAACUUAUUGUCAGAGAGUUGAGCAUAGACCUCACUAUCAUAUUGUUCUCUGCUUAAUACCACAGUAGACCCUCCCUUAUCAGCGUUUUUUAUCACAAUAUCUGAAGCAUUUUUUUCAUCAUUACUGAGAUUAACUGUUUGUUUAGGGGUAUUGCGGGCCAGUUUAGCAAAAUCAUGAUAUAUCAGCCUACUGUAGGUGAGAACAGAGGGACUCAAAUUAGCACAAGGCACAAAACUCGACUUCUCUCACAGCAGAAAUACCAGAUGCAUUAUAGUUUCUAAACACUGCAUUGCCAUUACUCAGUGGUUGCAUAUUAGCACAGAAUACAUUAUUUAAAUGUAAUUGUUGAACAAAUUUGAAAGUGUCAACUUUUAAUGCAAAAGGGGAGAAAAAUAGUACUUUACUCAGGACUGACUCAUCAGUCAGAGGCCCUGGUUCCGACUGGACUUCCUCAUGUGGGCUGGGGGUAGAUUUCCUCCCCCUCGAGCCCUGCGUCGUCUUCUGUGGGUUGGGGCUGGUUGCCUCGCUCCCUGAUAAAAGCGGGAUUGGUUCGGGAGGUAUUGGAGUUACUAUGCUCUGAAACGUCUUCUCACUGGCAGAGGACAGGUGAAAGUCGUCUCGUCUGGUCACAGGGGGGCGGAAUCUGUAGUUGAAUCUCACUCGUUUGCCUUGCCAGUCAUAGACGAUGCCAUCUUGGUAGUCCCUUGUCUCGUUUGUAUUUCUGUAGCUUGUGUCGCUUCAGGUCGUUUUGGAAUGCAGUGAAGGAUGUUGAUAUCUCAUUGGAGAGUGUGUUAAAGGUCUCUAUAUCCACCUUUUGUUGGAUUUUCAUUUCGAGCUAUUGUGCGUCAAUGUGAGAUAUUCUGUCUUUCUCUGCCUUGGUUUUCUCAAUGGAGAGCAGCAUCAAAUCCAGUGAGCAUUUAUUGUAGACUUGUUCCCAUUUGCCCCAAAACUCAUAAUUUUAGCCAAAAGCUGGGGCUUUGUGAAUGCGUAAACCCCUUGGUAUGCAUUUUCUCAAACCAAUACUCAGAUAAGGAGACAGAGUGCAAUAAAUGGCAUGUUUCUCUUUUUCUCAUGUCUAGGAGCUCAACACUCAACUUUUUUUGUUCAUUCUGCAGGUUCAGGUACUUGUGCCAAGUCAUUGAACAGGGAGUGCGGUUGGAGAAUGUCUUGUGCUUGUUCAUCCCUAAAGGAUCAAGUUUCUGAGCGUUCUGCCGUUGUAGCGCUGAUUUCAACAAACAAAGUCAUUGUUCGUCAAAACGUCAGUCACCUGUUCUCAUCCCGUACAGCUAAAAUAAAUCAAUCUAUACCUUUUUUUUUGAGUGCUCCAACUGCUUUCUGCCUUGAAUUAGUCCUUUUGGAAGUUUUUCUUGGCAAACCCUUCUCAUCAUUUUUGUCAUUGUUGUUGAGCACCCCUCCUUUUCUUUGUUUGCUGAAGCGCGAAGGCCCACCUGAACUCAAACAUUUUAAAACAUAUGUGUGCGCUAUGUUUUCUUUUAGUAGAUAACAAAAGGUUUUUGUAAAGUAUCCAAUGAUUACAGGUCAUCAUGGUCUUUCUUAGGGUGAGAAUAUAUGUAGUUAAAGAAUAGUUGGACAUCCCAGGUUGCAUGGUGAGUAAAGUGAUUUAUUCAGCUGCCUUGCUGCCAUCAGAGAGUAGCUACCUGCUGCAGAAGAGUGGAGGACAGAGCCAGGAGCAUGGCCCCUACAGAGAGCAGAGUGGGGGAGAAGGGAAAGGAAAUGGGAUACCUAGUCAGUUGUACAACUGAAAUGCAUUCAACCAAAAUGUGGCUUCUGCAUUUAACCCAACCCCUCUGAAUCAGAGAGGUGCGGGGGGCUGCCUUAAUCAACGUCCACAUCAUCGGCGCCCGGGGAGCAGUUGUUGUGGGGGAUUAACUGCCUUUCUCAAAGGCAGAACGGCAGAUUUUUCCACCUUGCCGGCUCUGGGAUUCGAACCAGCGGCCUUUCGGUUACUGGCCCAACGCUCUUAACCGCUAGGCUGUUGACCGCCAUCGUGCUGUUGACCGCCAUGGUAGCACUACUGAUGGUAGUGGUUUCCAUCCCAAUCCUAUGUUGAGCCAGCAAGUAACUGGCCAUCACAACCACUAUGAAAUUGCAGUCUCUUUCUGUGGUCAAAUUGCCAAUGUAGAAAUGAUCUCUCCUGAAAAUAAGACAACCAACAUGUCACAGUCACUAAGCAUGCUGGGUAGAACACCAUUUUUUACAGUAUUUUAUUUGUAAGUCUAGUAAAUUUCUCAUGAGUUGUUUUCAUAUUGAAGCUGUAUUGCAAUAAACCUCUUAGAUGUAAAAUCCUCUAUUUAGUGGACCUGCGUGGUUCUGGUACCGGUUCCGACAGACAUUUCUGCUUAUAAAUCGAUCUGUGGACACCGUAGAUAUACAGUGCCUUCAGAAAGUAUUUGCACCCCUUGACUUUUUCCACAUUUUGUUGUGUUACAGCCUGAAUUUAAAAUUGAUUAAAUUGAGAGUUUUUUGUCACUGACCUACACACAAUACCCCAUAAUGUUAAAGUUAUAUUAUGUUUAUUGACAUUUUUACUAAUUAAUAACAAAUGAAACGCUGAAAUGUCUUGAGUCAAUAAGUAUUCAACCCCUUUGCUUUGGCAAGCCUAAAUAAGUUAAAAUGUAAAAAUUAGUUGAACAAGUCACAUAAUAAGUUGCAUGGACUUGCUCUGUGUGCAAUAAUAGUGUUUAACAUGAUUUUUGAAUGACUACCUCAUCUCUGUACCACAAACAUACAAUCAUCUGUAAGGUCCCUCAGUCAAGCAGUGAAUUUCAAACAGAUUCAACCACAAAGACCAGGGAAGUUUUCCAAUGCCUCGCAAAGAAGGGCACUUAUUGGUAUGUGGGUAAAAAUUAAAAAGCAGACAUUGAAUAUCCCUUUGAGUAUGGUGAAGUUAUUAAUUACACUUUGGAUGGUGUAUCAAUACACCGUCACUACAAACAUACAGGCAUCCUUCCUAACUCAGUUGCCGCAGUGGAAGGUCAAUGGUGACUUUAAAACAGAGUUUAAUGGCUGUGAUGGGAGAAAGCUGAGGAUGGAUCAACAACAUUGUAGUUACUCCACAAUCCUAACCUAAUUGUCAGAGUGAAACGAAGGAAGCCUGUACAGAAUACAAAUAUUCCAAAACAUGCAUCCUGUUUGCAACAAUGCACUAAAGUGAUACUGCAAAAAAAUGUAGCAAAGCAAUUCACUUUUUGUCCUCAAAGUGUUAUGUUUGGGGCAAAUCCAAUACAACACAUUACUGAGUACCACUCUUCAUAUUUUCAAGCAUAGUGGUGCUGAUUCAUGUUAUGGGUAUGCUUGUAAUCGUUAAGGACUGGAGAGUUUUUCAGGAUAAAAAAAGAAAUGGAAUGGAGCUAAGCACAGGCAAAGUCCUAGAGGAAAACCUGGUACAGUCUGCUUUCCACCAGACACUGGGAGAUUAAUUCACCUUUCAGCAGGACGAUAACCUAAAACACAAGGCCAAAUCUAUACUGGAGUUGCUUACCAAGAAGACAGUGAAUGUUCCUGAGUGGCCGAGUAACAGUUUUGACUUAAAUCUACUUGAAAAUCUAUUGCAAGACCUGAAAAUGGUUGUAUAGCAAUGAUCAACAACCAAUUUGACAGAGCUUGAAGAAUUUUGAAAAUAAUAAUGGGAAAAUCUUGCACUAUCCAGGUGUGGAAAGCUCUUAGAGACUUACACAGAAAGACUCACAGCUGUAAUUGCUGCCGAAGUUGCUUUUACAAAGUAUUGACUCAGUGGUGUGAAUACUCAUGUAAAACAGAAAUGUAUUUCUGUAUUUCAAUUUCAAUAAAUGUGCAACUAUUUCUAAAAACAUGUUUUAAAUGUGUCGUUAUGGGGUAUUGUGGGUAGAUGGGUGUGAAAACAAUCUGUUUAAUCAAUUUGGAAUUCAGGCUGUAACACAACAAAAUGUGGAAUAAGUCAAGGAGUAUGAAUCCUGUCUGAAGGCCCUGUAUGUAGUGAAAUUCACAACACUGUCUCUACCUGAGAUCCACCCAUCUACAGCCCAUAGACAUUCUCUCACAUACACACACUGUAUUUGUAGUGAUGUAGCCCACUGUGGUGCCAAUAGAAACAAAGGUACAGUAUGGUGCCACCUGCUGCUGAAUCAAGGUCAUAGCCUCUAGAAUGUUUGGAAAGAACUCUGUUUAAUAGUCAAGAAACAGGCAAACACAUCUCAGAGGUGAAGGAAGAGCCAUUAAGAAACUAUUAAAAGUUAAUGAUGAAAACAGAGUUAUGCAGAUAGAUGGUGAGUACUAAAGCAUUUUUUCAACAUCCCAAUAAUGAUGUAUACAGUGGUAGACUGCUAGUGUUAAAUGUACAUAGUGUCUACAUGGAUGCUACCUGUGUGCAUGUCAUAUGUUAUUGAUUAAAUAAUGCAGUAAAGAGUCCGUUUGAGAGGUAGUAAGUGUAUGACACAGUAUUCAAAAUGGAAAACAGAAUGUUGGUUUAAUGAUACUCAUUUGUGUGUGUUUGUGCAGUUGUAUGUCCAAUAGAGUGACAAGGACAUUAACUCCAACUCCAGACAUUUCCUUUCACUUUCAGAGAACAUACAGGGUGAGAGUCAGGAGGAGCCACAGGUUCAGUACUAGUGGGAGUGUAGACCUGGCACUGGGGGCUGGGCUGGUGUUGCGGACCGGGGAGCCACCCUGGUUGGCCCUCUUGACACUCCUGGUGCGGAGGGUGGCCGUUCUCCUUGUGAUGGUAGAGGGGUUGUCAGUGGUGAAGGCUAUGUCUGUGGUGUAG